AUGACGGCCGAGAGCGGGCCGCCGCCGCCGCCGCAGCCCGAGGCGCUGGCGUCGGUGAAGGAGGAGCGCAGCGAGGCCGCGGGGGCCGGGGCGGGGGUCCCCGCGGAGGCGUCGGGCCGGGCUGCCGGGGGGCGCCGGCGCAAGCGCCCCCUGCAGCGCGGGAAGCCGCCCUACAGCUACAUCGCGCUCAUCGCCAUGGCCAUCGCGCACGCGCCCGAGCGCCGCCUCACCCUGGGCGGCAUCUACAAGUUCAUCACCGAACGAUUCCCCUUCUACCGCGACAACCCCAAAAAGUGGCAGAACAGCAUCCGCCACAACCUCACGCUCAACGAUUGCUUCCUCAAGAUCCCGCGCGAGGCCGGCCGCCCGGGCAAAGGUAACUACUGGGCGCUGGAUCCCAACGCCGAGGACAUGUUCGAGAGCGGCAGCUUCCUGCGCCGCCGAAAGCGCUUCAAGCGCUCGGAUCUUUCCACGUACCCGGCUUACAUGCACGACGCGGCGGCAGCCGCCGCCGCCGCCGCCGCCGCCGCUGCCGCAGCCAUCUUCCCGGGUGCGGUGCCCACCGCGCGGCCGCCCUACCCGGGUGCCGUCUAUGCGGGCUACGCGCCGCCGUCGCUCGCCGCGCCGCCUCCGGUCUACUACCCCGCCGCGUCGCCAGGUCCUUGCCGGGUCUUCGGGUUGGUUCCGGAGCGGCCGCUCAGCCCGGAGCUGGGCCCUGCACCGUCUGGGCCCGGCGGCUCCUGCGCCUUUGCCUCGGCGGGCGCCCCCGCCACUACCACCGGUUAUCAGCCCGCCGGCUGCGCCGGGGCCCGGCCAGCCAACCCCUCGGCCUAUGCGGCCGCCUAUGCGGGCCCCGACGGCGCGUUCCCACAGGGCGCUGGCAGUGCGCUGUUCGCCGCGGCCGGCCGCCUGGCGGGACCCGCUUCGCCCCCGUCGGGUGGCAGCAGUGGCGGCGUGGAGACCGCCGUGGACUUCUACGGGCGCACUUCGCCUGGCCAGUUCGGAGCGUUAGGGCCCUGUUACAAUCCUGGCGGGCAGCUAGGAGGGAGCGGUGCUGGCACCUACCAUGCCCGCCACGCCGCCUAUCCUGGAGGGGUGGAUCGGUUCGUGUCAGCCAUAUGA